AUGAACCAGGAACAGACACCUCAACACGAGCCUAGUACUACUGGAGACAGUCUCCCCAUCGAAGAAGCCAGCUCGACGGUAGACCUCAUGCUUGAACUACACUUCAGCUUACUACCCAAACUACGAAAGGGACUGACAACAGUCGAUCAGAUUUACUUGAUGAGACUUUUGAUCGACUUCAUGAUGCAAUUACUAACCUUGUUGAUGAAGAAGAAUGUCCAGAAUUUGAUACAAACCACCAAGACCUCAAACAAUUCAAAUUCUACCAAAUCCAGCUCAUUAAAUACCAUCUCGAGCACCCCUUCCUACAUAGACCAAGUCUACGGCGUCUUUGAUAGGUACUCGGAGGUUACUGAACAUCUCAAGAACCCAGAAGAACAUUGCGAUUUCGAAGACACGACGCAUAUGCUCCGGUUACAAGCGCUUGAUCACACGUCUGAUGCCCUGGAGUUGAUUGAUUCAACCAUUGACAUGUUCAUGAAAGAUUCCGAAAUUGACUUGAUUCAAUUGAAUUGGCGAUUCUUCACGUGGCGUAUUGAUGAAACACUCAAAAAGCUCUUGAGCUUGAUUGAUCCAAGAUCCCAAGACGAACACGAACCAGUGCAUCCCCUCAGAAUACAAGCGGUUGAUCUAGCUGACACAAUCAUCGCAAUCAUAAAACUCGUCCGCCUUUUUUUCAGGAAGUUGCCGAAACUGGGCAUGGAUAAAAAGUGGCCGGUGUUUACAGAGAUGUCCUCGGCUGAACAAUUCACCUGGCUUACUCACCUCUUGAUGCCACAUACGAACUCGAGAGAAUGCUGGGUUCUUUGGAGCCCUGUUUGA